UAGGGGGACAAAAGGGAAAUAAGCUAAAUAAGUACAUUUUGAAUGAAAACAAAUGUUGCCCAAACAAUGCAAAAGAUUUAAACAAGGCUGAAUAAGGCUAAGGAAAACAAAAGAGGGAAAGGUAAAUAAAACACCUAACAAGUGGCAAAUCAUCUAAAAAGAACGAUAUUACAGCAUUAAAUGCUGCGCUGCCACGUGCACAAACAAACAAAACAAAAAUACAAGUUUAGAUCAGUGUACCUUUUACAAUAACAUGUUGAGCUCAACCUCAAAGUUCAGUGCAGCCAACCCUCAUCUGCCCGAAACAGGUCGAAAACAGGACCUGAGGCAUGGCAAGAUAAUAUAUUCUUUAUAAUAAUUAUAAUAAUAAUAAUAACAGUCUAUAUCUUAUGUGUGACACGAAUGCGCAAUCUCACUGACUCGCCACGGCACGUUUCAAAAAGCAUUGCACCAAAACCACAAUGAAAAGCAGCAACAACAAAGGAAGGGGAAAAAACAGAAAAAGCUACCGCAUAUGAGAACCAUAACUGGCUGUUUAUAUACCGGGAUGAAUAAGUGGCAUUGCGGAAGCAGGAGGCGCUGGUGUGGACCUGGAGCUACGGUGGUUAAAAGGGGGCAUUUGACUACCUGCUACAUUCAACUUUUAUGGUUAAGACUGGAUGGUUGAAGGGAAGUGGUACAAAUCUAGCCUUUGUCCAUGAAGUUCUCCUUGAUUCAGAUCUCAAUUAUGAGAUUGAGCUUUAUUGUUUUUUCUUGGGAGAGAGAAUAGAGGCAGAUAUUCCUGUUCACAGAAUUAUCAACAGCAGUGUUGGACAAGUUGUAAAUCAGAACUAAUUACAGUUAGUAGUUAUAUAAAAAAGUAACUGAGUAACUAAUUAGUUACUGCAUUAAAAUUGUUACUAGAUACUUGAAUGUGCACAUUAUUUAAAAAAUAAACUUUAAACUUUUUUGAUAAACUUUAUUGAUCCCCCAUGGGGGAAUUUCUUUUUGUUACAACAGCUCAAGAAACAGGAAUAUAAUUAUCAAAAAAAAGUGUUGCUUUGGCAGUGUGAGAAGAAGCAACUAACACAUUUAGUAUAACAUGGUAGCCAUUUCAAUACGUAGUUAUUAGCUAAUUAGUUCUCUGAAGACAACAGAUUCAACAGUUGGUAUGGGAAGCAAGUCUUCAACAACAUACCAUACUAUCAGUCUCUUUAGUCCGGGCUCACAGUUCGCAGAGGUGGCAGUGAUUUAAAACCAAGCCAGCUGUUUGCUGGAGUGGCUCCACCUUGGUCUGCUAAUUAUUGUGAGCUACACCGCCUUCUUUACUUGCUCUAUAACCACACCUUAAAUGCAGAGCUGGGUGGAGAGAGAGUCUCAAAUGAUAGACACUUUAAAUAGGGAGUUACACAUAACAGCUCUUACAAAGCCUGAAAGGAGGUACAUUUGCUCACAGAGAAUCUUGUGGAUUAUCAACAUUAAUUUUGAUACUUUUUUAAUGCACUCUACACAACUUAUUUACAUUCAGUGACGACCUUGCCAACUGGCCACUGGGAGACUUUGGCUUGCUGCUGUCUGUCUGUCUGUCUGUCUGUCUUUCUUUUGUGUGUGUGUGUGUGUGUGUCCUAGCUGUAGGCUCACCAACAGUGUCAGCUGCACCUUGGCCCGGUGCACUCUUGUCUGCUGGUUUCCCUCAUUCCCCCUCAGCCCGACUGAAGCUUGUUGUUGCUUUAGUUCUUGAUCUGCAGUUGAGUUGAAACGACCCACAGCGAGGCAUCUGGUGCAGCAUGAAAGCCCCCAAAUACCAAUUCUCCUUCUACGCUGGUUUCCUGGUGGGAACCAUCACGCUGUAUGUUUUCCUGCAGCAGGUGCGGUUUGAGAGCACUUUGUUAUCACAGCAUGAAACAAACCUGAACAAAGUCAGCGAUGACCAAGAACAGCUCGAGAAAGAAAUUAAGAAAUGGAGAAAGGAAAGGUCUGCCCUUUUCAAUCUGGAGCAUCCUCUUCAUACAGGAGAGGACGGCCGCAUGGCUGAUGAGCUGUACAAAAAGGUCCGUAUUCUUUGCUGGGUGAUGACUGCACCAAACAACCUGGAGGAGAAGACUCGCCAUGUGAAGUCUACUUGGAGUCGCCACUGUAAUAUUGUGAUUUUCAUGAGCUCUGUGGACGACCCCGACUUUCCCACGGUGGGCUUAGGCACAAAGGAGGGUCGGGAUCAGUUGUACUGGAAAACAAUCAAGGCAUUCCAUUAUGUCUACGAGCAUCACAUCAACGAGGCAGAUUGGUUCCUCAAGGCAGAUGACGACACCUAUGUUAUUGUAGAUAACCUGCGUUUAGUUCUCGCCAACCACACACCCGAGGAACCAGUUUACUUUGGCCGAAGAUUUAAGCCCUACGUAAAGCAGGGCUACAUGAGUGGUGGUGCAGGCUAUGUGUUGAGCAAAGAAGCUCUGCGAAGAUUUGUAGGAGGAUUUAAAACCAAUGUGUGCACUCACACUUCCUCUACAGAGGAUCUUGAAAUGGGACGCUGCAUGGAGAAAGUUGGGGUGUUGGCUGGGGACUCCAGAGACAGUAUGCAAAGGGAGACAUUUCAUCCACUUCGCCCUGAGCAGCACCUGACACAUAAGUUACCAAAGAGCUUCUGGUAUUGGAGCUACUGCUACCACCCCAUCUCAGAGGGUCCAAACUGCUGCUCGGACCUUUCAGUGUCAUUCCACUAUGUUGUUCCUUUACAAAUGUAUUUAAUGGAGUACUACACCUAUCACCUGCGUGCCUUUGGAUACAGUUACCGUUACCAGCUGCCUGCUCCACUUGGCUAUGGUAUUGAGAAAUCUGUGGAAGUGAAAAACAGACCAGCUCCUCAGAAAAACAGGCGAGGAGAUGGGGAGGAUCAAUCCAGGACUGACAAAAGACAGAAUGCAGAUCCCCCUCAAGCAGCUGGUAAAGACCCUCCUGCUGCUCCAUCAGGGUAAAUCAGAAGGUGUGUGAAGGAAACUUAUUAGGUAGAGUGUUUAUGAAUUAACAAACAUUUAAACACUCUACCUAAUAAGUUUCCUUCACACACCUUCUGAGUUUGUUAAUUCAUUUUGUUGUUCUUGGCUCAUCGAGGGAAACAUUUCACUCGUAUUUCUCAGCUGAGGCACUCCUACUUUUACUAAAGAAUUCCUUCAGGACUUUAAUUCUUGAUUAUCAGGUUUGUUUGGUUUAGCUAUAAGACAGUGUCUUUUAAAAAAGUGGGAACUGCUUUCUGUUAGCUUCAGUCAUUUGAAAAUAAGUGAAGCACUUUUUUUUAAAGUAUCAAUUUUCUAUAAGAACUAAGUUUUCUACAAAUCUGACAAAAUUGAUUUAACAGGUUUUUAAAAAAGUAUUUUUAAACUAUGUCAAACCCACCAAACUUGAUGGACCACCCUGUAAAGCGAUGUAACUUGCUAGAGUUCUUUUGUUUCAUUCACACAUAAGCCCGUUUCACUCAUGAACUCUUGACGUUUUCUAUAUUAUUUCAGGACUUUCAGGAACUUUCUUUUCACUGAUGAACCUUACAACAGGUGAUUUUUUUUGUUGGCCUCGCUCACUCAACUCAAAAGACUCGGUUUGGUUUAGAUAAGGGGGCGUCGUGGAGUAUCACAUGCAGGAGGAAGAGGAGUGUUCCAUUAUGGUGACCUUUUCCAUGGUAACAUAACUACAACAUGUAUAAAUGCAACAGUGGAAACAAAAGAUACUGACAACUGAGGGGAGCAGCAAAGAAAAUAAAGCAGUAAAACUCUGCUUAAUGUUAAUGUCUUCUUGAAAGUACAAAAAAAAGCAUUCAGGUCUAUCGAUUGUUUUGACUCAAAUUUCAGACAUGAUCUUGCAACCUUAAACCAGUGUCAGGAAAACCUACAAAAUCAGUAAAGCUAAAGAUUUUCUCAAGAUGUGAUACAGGAUUUAAGACAGACCCAUAACUGUUAGUCUACUUUCUAUCUUAGCAAUAAUGAAGUGAAUCUUUGUAUCUCUCAUUAGUCUCUCUGUUCUCCAUCUUUUUGUUCAUUUGAAUAUGCCUCUGAUCAUUAGUUAGGCUUCCAGACUGUGGUGAUAGAUUUCUUGUCAUGAUGCAGUGGGCUUACCAUUCAGUCCAUUCUAUGGCAGUGUAUUUUUUUUUUCUUAAUCUAAUUUCAUCAUACUUUUUGUGAAGUCCAAGCAAAAGAAUAAAAAUCGCCUUGUUGGGGCGCCGAUAGCCUAUAGAGGUUGUGAUGCGGGCCCCAUGUGUGGAGGCGGUGGUCCUCAGGGCAGCGGCCGUGGGGUUCGGGUCUGGACUCAGCCCUGUGCUGCAUGUCAUGUCUCCUCCCGGCUGUCCUAUCCAAUGAAGUGUUUUUA